AUGAUGCGCAGUGACCUCAGCGACACUGUCACUCCGCGCGUGACUCUUCGCCCUUCUCCGCCAUCCCCGUCUGGCUCAUCCCCUUCAUCUUCACAUCAACUCACAUUCGACCAUGUGACAGCAAACAACGGGCUAGACGACUCCCAUCAGGACGCGCGACCGUCAAAGCGCCAAAAGACACAGGCAUGUCUACGUUGCAAGCGACGCAAGCAAAAAUGUGAUUAUCGCAAGCCUUGUGGCAAUUACGUCAAAGCUGAUGAACAAUGCCACACUGCGUCUUCUGUCGAACAAUCGCAAGCUCUUGCGACAACAGCAGGGGUUGUUGCCCAAGACCCGCUCAUUCGCCUGGCUGAGAUCGCCGCGCUUGAGGAGCGUGUCUCAAGAAUUGAGCGGAUGAGUGACCGCUCUCGUUCCAUGAAUGAAUCUGGUGAGCCCGAUAAUAGCCGUUAUCAUACACAAGAAAGACCAGCUUUCAACAAUGCUACUUCUGGGUCGCCGUCGUUACUUGUGGACACACCCCAUUUGUCCAGAAGUACACCUGCUAUGGCACUCUUGGCUGCUUUUGCAGCACCAACGUCGGAACAAGGAUCGCCCAAUUUUAUUGCGGGAGCUACACCCAGAGAAUGCCCCCAAGGACAUAUUGAGACUAUGGUUGAUAGUGCUACGGAGGAAAUCCUGUUCAACAUCUAUAAUGACAAAGUUCAAUGGCGGUAUCCCUUCCUUCGUUUAUAUCAGCUCAGAAACCGUCACGAGCGGCCGUCCGAUCUAUGCACCCUCUUCUUCGUCAGCAUGAUCUAUUCUAUAAGUCUCCUGCUUGCCAGAAACAGCGUCGUCCUUCAGGAUUCAAGCAGGAAGACUUUUACCGUAUAG